AUGUGCAGUUGUAUUUAUUUGUUGUGGCUAAACGUGGAUAAGCUUCUCUACAUCCAGUUUCCGCUCCACUACUAUUCGAUGGUCAGCCGGAAAAAAUUCCUAUUGUUGACGAUUGCAACGUGGAUGUUUCUGAUCAGCUUCAUCGGCUUGAUGAAUUAUUUCUUCCGGGUUGGGAACAGCUGCUUGGAAAUUUCCUUCAACGACCACCCUCUACAUCAUCAUGUGCUUCUAUUACCUGGUGGUGAUCGUUGCUUCAUUCUCCAUUCGGCCAUCAUCUAUUGCAUCGCCCAGACGACGACUAGGAUGGAGCAUCGGGCUCGAACCAAGCUGUUUCAACGCCUCUUCUUCCUGUUCUCCUCAACAUUGUGGACGUUCAUCACCUGCGUCCCGUUCAGGGUUCUCUUUUUGGUGAAUAUGAUGUUCGGCGUCCGGAGCGAGUGGCAGCGACUUCUGACUGACGUGUCGUUCAAACUCCUCGUCACGCAUCUAUCG